ACGAUCGGCAAUUGCUUUUUAUGGCAAUCGGAAUGUAUAAGCCGUUGAUGUCACCGCCAAACUGGCACUAUCUGGAUACAGACUUAGACAAACAAGGGGUAGGCGACAUCAACAGUUCCGGCCAUGAUAUAAACGGGACGCUACUCAACGGAAUGCGGUUGCUCGAGUCACACGGGGAGGUCCACCCAAACCAGGGAUUCUACGACAAGGCCCAGUUUGUGACGGGCCUGAUAUGUUACCCCAUAGUGUGCAUUUUCGGAAUAACAGGGAACCUUAUAAGCAUUAUCGUAAUAAGCCAUGGAAAAUUACUAAAUUCGACGAAUAUUUACUUAGCGGCGCUAGCCGUUUCGGAUACGAUAAAAUUGAUGAACGAUUUUUGUUAUUUCUUAGUGAUAUUAUUACUCCGCGUUGACCCGCCGAUGGGGGAAUUGGGCUAUGCUUAUUUGUAUCCGUACGCGCACUUUAUUUUCAACGCGACUGCCUGUGUUACUGCUUGGUUGACCGUGUCCGUCGCCGUUGAGCGAUACAUUCUCGUGUGUCGACCGGCACGUGCCAAACACCUAUGCACUAUUCGACGCGCGCGGAUUAACACAACCUUGGUAUUUAUCGCCAUGAGUAUGCUGUGUGUCCCGUUCGCAUUACGAUACGAAACGAUCACAAGAACUAGCAACACUACCAAUGAGACAGCCUUAGAUGUGGAAGUAACGUCUCUAUGGAGAAAUAAAACAUUCGAAACAGUAUACACGUGGGGGCAAAAUCUAAUACGUUCUGUGAUACCGUUACUUGUGCUAUGCGUUUUGAACUUCUUGAUAAUACACGCAGUGAGGCGGACUCGUGCGCGUAAGACCGUUUUCUCGCGGCAUAGGAUAACUAUCAUGUUACUGUGUGUGAUUAUAGUGUUUUUACUGUGCAUUACACCCGACGCCAUUAUGUCCACCGUGUUUGGGUUUGGGUAUUACGAAGAAAACUAUCUCGUCCGAGGUGUCAGAGAAUUCACAGAUUUUUUAUUAUUGGUAAACUCGGCGGUGAAUUUCAUCCUAUAUUGUAUUUUCAAUACUUUAUUUCGCAAGCAGUUCAUGGUUUUAUUUUGCAAUCGCUGUGCGAGAGACCGGAUACAGAUUCACGAAAGCAGAUGCGGGAAGGUGUCCUUCUCGCUACGGACCCCAUCUGUCGCAAAUAAUGGUUUCCGGAAGUUGAGCAGCAUCAAUGGCGCCUCCAAAAUCUAUAAAUAGCAUUCGUGGACGGCGUCACGUGCCGCUAUGGCCGAUGACGUCAGUUGUAUGCCCUCCCGGGCGGACUUUAAUGAAUUACCCUCCACAAAUAUAGGGUGAACUCCCGGCAUUCCAGAGGAAGCUGAAGUGCGUGUCAUCUCAAUGUAAAAAUCUACCUCAAAAUGCAACCAAAUACAGGAUUACAGAGGAGUACUAUGAUAUUUUGAAUUGGUACACGCAUAUUGUAAACACGGUGCCUAUAGUCGACUUGCCACAUGACUGACCACCGAGCAGGGGUUAUACCAGUAUUUCUGGUUACAAAUGCCCCGCCCGAUCCUAUGCAGCUUGUCCUGUGUAAAGGGUGCAAGAA